AGACUGCUCCACUCAACACACACACACACGCACACACACACACACAGAGGCAGUGGUGUAAGUGGCGGAGUGUCGCCCACUGUGGGUGUCAUCACGCCAGGUCCCAACAGGCGCACUGUAAAUGUAUUCUUGUGAAGUCAUAAAACCCGAUGCAUCUAAAUACCUUCUCGAUUACAGGCCCCUGCAUUUAUUAACGAGUUCCUAUUUAUUUCCAUGAAGCACACAACAACUUCUAGAAAACAACUCACUGGCGUUUGAGUGUCUUUUUGAGUCGCCCGACAAGUGCCGUGGUGGACUUCAUUCAGAGCCUUUAUUCUCGAAGGGUUCUAUGAGAAUCGGACGAGUCUCUCCGAGUGUGCGCCCACCCGGGGCUCACCUGCUGCACGAGUAAGAUGGAGGACAGCUACAUGGCGGCUGUCCGCGGUGAGACGCAGCAGAAGAUGCAGUCGUACAGCUUCGAGCUCCAGUACCUGAUCGCCGGACACGCCAGGGCCUACCGAGAGACCUUCGAGUCGCUCGUGUCCUUCACGUCCAACCUGACCAGCUCUCUGUUCGACAGCGCCUACUCCGCGCUGGCGUCCGACUGUCGCCCCCUUGUGUCUCAGCUGUUCGGCGGCAUCGGGCGCCACCUCUCCGGAGACUCCGAUUCCUCGCUAGACGGCGCCGUGCGUAGAUUCUACAACGACCUCUUCCCCCUGGUUUACCGCCGUCUGCUCAACCCCGGCGUUGGCCACACGGCCCUCCGGUCCUUUUCAUCCACCACUCACGACGACUGCCUGCGCUUGACGCGGCAGGACGUCGGCCCGUUCGGACCCCACCCUCGCCUCCUGGUCAGCAGCCUGUCCCGCGCACUUGGGGUGGGUCGAGCAUUGAGCCGACUGCUCCGACUUGCCGGCGAGGUCGUGAACGCAACCGAGAAGGCGACGUAUUCCAGAGAGUGUAGCCGCGGGCUGGUGAGAAUGCAAUACUGCUCCCACUGCAGAGGGCUGACGCUGAUACGACCCUGCACCGGACUGUGUGUCAACGUCAUGAGGGGAUGUCUGGUGGGUGUAUCAGAGCUCGCCGCCCCCUGGGGCAGUUUGGUGGUAUUGCUUCAGCGGUUAGCCGCCACUUUAGCAACCAGCAGCAACCACAACAGCAUGGAGUUGGCUCUGCUGGCGGUCCGGAACCAUGUGAACGACGCCAUACUACACGCUCAGCUGCACGGGCCACGCAUUACAGCCACGGUGGAGAAGGUGUGUGGUCCCCAGGAGGCCGGUCCCGUGGUUACAAGUAGAACACCCUCCACCUCCCAUGUUACGACCUCAGUGACUCCUGCGACCUCAGAGAGGUCCUCUGUGACUCCCCCGCCCUCAGCGGGCCCUGUCGCUCACCAACGUCUGCAGCAACAGUCCCAGAGGUCGUUCCCUCUCAAAGGCUCCAGAGGUGACAAGAGUCGAAGCCUGAAAAAACUCUCAAGGGAGUUUGAGGGCUCUAUCCAGCGGUACCAGUGGUUUUUCUCCGAGCUGCCAGAGAUGCUUUGUGAGAGCGAGAUGGAGGUUGAGCAGCACACGUGCUGGAGCGGCCAAGACGUCGCCGAGAGCUAUGCAGGUCGCGUGGUCGGCAGCACUUUGAAAGCACAGAGGGAAAACCCGGAGAUGACUGUCCGCAAUACAGACCCCGUCCUGAAGGGGACGAAGCUGAGGAUGGAGCAGCUGACGCAGGAGCUGUUGGUGGAGCUCGGCUGGGCGAGCAAAGCGAAGGGAAGGGGGGAAGAAGAAGAGGAGGAGGGAGGGAGCACGCAGACAGACGGAGGCAGUGGAAACGACUGCGAUGAUGAAGAUGGCUGUGAAGCAUCUGGCGAGAGGAAUGGUGACGACACAGGUGAUUCAUCCAGCGGUCACAGUCCGGAGAAAAAGAAAGUAGCUCGUCCUCCUCCUCAUCGCCCCGUCCCUCCCCAUCACCUCUCUCCUCCACAGGUGUACGUCCCGGGCUCCGCCCACACCGUGACCGCAGAACCCUUUACUUUGACCCUGGUGACCCUGCCGCUCCUACUGCUGUCGCCGUGGCAACCGCGCUGACCGUCGCGAGGCAGAUCCUGGGACGGACAGACAUGAACAGAGACUGAGAGACGACCACAAACUGUUUGUUUGUGUGGUGGUGUUUGGAGUUUUCGUAAGCACAGCUUGAACCACUGUGAUCGGACAGCCCGGUCGGUGGGACAGACUGGAUUUGUUGCGGUCGCACAGAAUGCAUUUUUUUUUAUAUUACCUGUACUGACCUCUACAUGUGUUUACUUGUAUUUAACUCCAAUAGGAUAGACUGCACAGCACUACUUACCUUUUUGAAGAAAGAUGUAAAUACAAAUAUAUAUAUAUAUAUUAUAUAUUUAUAUGAAGAGUUUCCAGAGAUACCGGUGGCUUGAUGUGUAAAUAGAGAUUAAUAUAGAACAGAGCGGAUUGACUUGGACAUUUAGGGGCUGUUUUGGUUUGAACUUUAUAUUAUACGUCCUCCACUGAGAUUAGGAUCCAUGACAUGCUGCGAGUUGAGCUGAAAGGUCUUCACUUGCUAAACCAGCAGUGUAUUGACAGUGGAAGCUCUUUGGUGAGGAUUUAUUUUAAUAAAGAAAACUCAUAACACAGAGCUGAAUUUAGGGAAAAGUAACAUAUAGGCACUCUCUGAACAGGCGGAACGACCAAACGUGAUACUUCAGACCGAUAACGAAAAUUUGACAGUUUGGUCUGCAAGUCUGUGCAGACUGAAACCCUUCUGGCACUGGAAAAACAAAAAAAACUCACACAAAUAUGCUCUUAUGUUCAUCCAAUCUGGAUUAUUAUUAUUAAUAGUUCUGCAGUAAGUAUGAGGAAGAAUUUAAAUUCCACCAACUGCGGCACCCAAGAGACUUCGGUCUCCAGGUAGUUUGCUAUUCCUUGGUGUCCGAUACCUUUCAAAGUUGUUGUGGGAAAAAUGAUAGAAGACAGUCUUUCUGUCAUGGGAAAAGCUCUUCAGGGAGAAAUAUAAUGGCUUUCACCUCCACUUCCGUUUCACAAGGAAGCUCCAACUACAACUAAAACACCCAGUACAAGACAAGACUUAAUCAUCUGCCUGAACAGUGAAUAAUCUGACAUUGUCAUUGUCAUUCAUUGAUUCAUUCGCAGUCAUUUCAAAGGAUGGCUGGGUUCUAAAUGUGUUAAUUAAAACCGCGGCGAGAUAUGUCAUUUGAUGAAAUUCAGUGAAUGCUCGUCUUGUGACGUGUGAUAACGCCUGAAGACAAGAGACGAGAGCAUCAUGGGAGUGAUCGGAGUAGCGCUGAGCCCAGAUCCAAGCACGUGAAUCAAAUGUGAUUCAUAUUAAUUAGGAUUAUGGAGUCCCUCUGGCUUUCUGUUAAGUCUCGACCCCCCCCCCCCCCCCCCAAAAAAACUGCUCACAGCAGCGGGAAGGAAAGACAGCUGGAAUACAGUCGAAAUACAUUCAAAGUGGAGCAAAUGAACCAACUGACGGGCACAGUGAGCAUUUCUUUCAGCGGGUGACCGACUUAUCAGUUACAUCACACUGUGCUGCAUGUAAUGACUAGCUCUGAUAUGUUUCAUAUACUGUCUAGCUAAAUUACAGUCAUUUCUGUCUUAUUUGAUUUUGCGCUGCGGCGGAGCGAAAACCCCUCAUGAAUGCGUCUCGCUGACACUCACCUGAGACAGUUAAGGAAUGUAACUGACAGUUGAGACAAUUUUAGAAAAUACCAUUAAGAGCUUAAGGGCGUGAGGUAUCUAGGCGGCGAGCCCAAAUACCGUGUUAGAUAUUGCGGGAGGCUUUCUCACCAUAAUCUGUCGCGCAAAUAAGCCGUCAUUUAACUACAGUUUAAACGUAACACAAUUGCCACAUACAGAGACCUUGAAUGGAAAAAAGUGGACAUAUGUUUGGAUAUAUACGCAAUUCUGUUGGUUCUCAACCUGGAACAAGACUACCGUGGGAUAUUGACAGCAAGUUAGAGAUUUUUGAAAAUGUAAAGAAAUAUAUUUUCAUAUAUUUGAUAUGCUUGUAUAACAUUAAAUAAUGAGCAUCCAUAGCUGUCUUGAGUGAUAACUCACUAAUGCUCCCCUUCACUUGGGAGCUACACGCUUUGUCAAUGGACUGCCACUUGAAAUCCCGAAGCACGUGUUUUGUGUCCGAGGCUCAGCAUCCCUUUUUCAUAUCAAAGUGAUAAUAGCACAGAACGUACUUGCUGUUGUUCCUCUAGUGCCGUGUCGCCGUAAUGUUUCCCCACGUGUGUGUUGAGGCGCACUGGUGUGCCAGGGAGCGAGCGGCGCUGUGUCGUUUUUAUAAAUAAAACCAUUAAAUGUACUAAGCGUCCCAUAGUUUAGUAUUACUAAUUGUUUUUUGUUUUUGUUUUAACACCGCGAUGCAAGAAGUCAGCCGCUGUGGUUUCAGUGUGUAAUGUACACUAAAGCAGUGACUCUGAUUUAAAAUACAUAAAUAAACCCGCUGUAACACA